AUGGCGUGCUCCCUGCUCUUCUUGAUCGCCCUCAGCGCCGGUUCGGCCGCACCCAAGCCGCCGGGCCCGAUGCGCUACGAGACGGUGGGGUUGGACGAGGAGGCAGACGCGGCGGACGGCCCGGACGUGCUGGACCUGCCGGCUCCGGCCGCUGCUGCGCUCGGCGAGAGCCCGCGGCCACGGCCGACCGGCGCAGGCGCCGGCGACGCGUCGAUGCAAUUCAUGGUGACGCAGCGCAUGAAGGCGGAGCUGAUGGCGCUCGGCUACUCUGAGGCGGAGGCGCAGCGCCUCAACCCGCAGCGCGCUGCCGCCAUCCUCGAGCACUCGAUACGCCGCCCGUCGAGGGGCGUCCCGUCCAGCUGGAACCGCGCGGCCGGUGGCCGGAAGUCGCUAGGGCGCGCAAUCGGCCGCUCCUGCGCUGCGAUCGCGCGGGCGGGGGUGCUGGCGAGCGGCGCGCUCCUGGUGUACGUGGGGAGCGGGGGGACGCUGCCGCCGGCUCAGCAGAGGCUGCUCGACCAAGCUGGCGCCUACCUCGAGCGCCACAUCAUGCCCCUGCUCAAGCCGCCCACGCGGUACACGCCUGACUACCUCUGA